UAUUCUCCGGCACCGCGUUGGUGAGGCUCACUUUUGUCUACAGAGGCGCAAAAUGUUCAUUCGGGUCCCGGCGACGCUCUGAAUCGAUUUUGCCUCGAAGGUCAAAAGUGAAGUCGAUUAAAUGGGGGAAAAUAAAAUAAAAUAAAUGCGCACAACAACAUUCCCUUUUCAACGGAUUACAACGGGGGAUGCCCAAUAUUUCGUUCUCAAUUUAAAAAAAAAAAAAAAAAAGUUUUUUACUUUAUUCUCGCAAUAUGACAACUUCCUUUUCGAAAGUGACUUGUUUUAAUCUUACUCGUAAUACGCAUAUACUUAACUUUUUCCUCCCUCUAUUGCAACGUAAUUCAUACCGUCAUGAAUUAAGUCGCAACCGUGUCCUAACAUGGAGAUUUUGAUUUUCUCAUUGAAUUAAUUCAGUUGGAAAGUCACAUCAAGCAGGAUUCAGGAUUCAAACCUCACAUAAUUCCUUUCAGACGACUCAAUCAUUAUCCGGAAGUGACGAAAAGCUUCUGCAGAAAAGCCGUGUGAUUGGCUCGCGGCCGCGUCCGUCAAUGUCGCGACUGGCCAAUGAGAUGACGGUACCUGCCUCGUGCGGUCCCGCCUACCGUUAGGCGCACAAUCCCAAAGCGAAAAAAAACCCACGAACGCGUCUUGGAUGUCGCGGCGAAAAACGGAACGAAGCGUUCGGCCCAUUUGGACUGCGACGUGCGCCCGUGCCAAGUGAGGCCCUAGCAAGUCACCGAAGUAGCCCGGAAACGCUUUUUUUUUUUUUUUAAACGUCAUUUGGGCUAGCGGUUCUGGUGACGACGUGCAUCCGCGGAGUGCUACUUGAACCUGCUCCACAAAGCCCGUCCGGCAGGCCCUGCCGUCCUAUUGUUUGCAACUGUGUUCUCUUUGAGAUCUUUUUGUUGUUGUUGUUGCUGUUUUUUUUUUUUUUGCUUUUGCUUUUAUUGAUCGCAGCAGCGCCAUCGGCCGAUGAUGAGCAAACAUGUCAGGCAAUCACUACAAAGGCCACGAAGUCAGCUGCUGCAUCAAAUACUUCAUUUUUGGCUUCAACAUCCUCUUUUGGCUGCUGGGUAUGGCCUUGGUGGGAAUUGGCUUGUGGGCAUGGAGUGAGAAGGUGAGCUCAUUUGAUUUUCACCCCAAAAUCUUUGGGUUUAAUUGCAGUCUUGAUGGGAACCAGACAAGAGACUGACACGACAGCACCCUCUGCUGGACACUUGUCGCACCACACCCCGAACGCGGUUUUCCUUACCUCUGAUUUCCACAACGUGUGUUCGCUUACCCCGUUUUUGUUGUUGUUGUUGCCGAGCCCACGAGGGUCUCUCCACCUCCCCCUCCUCGGAUACAAUUCGUCGCUCGUUUGGGUUUUCCCAGUUUCCUGCUGUGUCCGUCUCCUCCAGGGGGUUUUGUCCAACAUUUCGUCCAUCACCGACCUGGGCGGCCUCGACCCGGUGUGGCUCUUCAUGGUGGUCGGCGGGGUCAUGUUCAUAUUGGGCUUUGCCGGAUGCAUCGGAGCGCUGCGGGAAAACACCUUCCUGCUCAAAUUUUUCUCCGUGUUCCUGGGAAUCAUCUUUUUUCUGGAGCUGACCACCGGAAUCCUGGCUUUCGUCUUCAAGGACUGGAUUAAGGACCAGCUGAACUUGUUCAUCAACAACAACAUCCGGGCUUACCGGGACGACAUCGACCUGCAAAACCUCAUCGAUUUCACGCAGGAAUACUGGGAGUGCUGCGGCGCUUUCGGAGCGGACGACUGGAACCUCAACAUCUACUUCAACUGCACCGACGCGAACCCCAGUCGGGAAAAGUGCGGCGUCCCCUUCUCCUGCUGCACCAAGGACCCCGCCGAGGAUGUCAUUAACACUCAGUGCGGAUAUGACGUUCGGGAAAAAUCAGACUCCGAGCAGAAGGACUACAUCAACGUGAAAGGUUGCGUGCCGCAGUUUGAGAAGUGGCUGCAGGACAACCUGACCUUGGUGGCCGGGAUAUUCAUCGGCGUGGCGUUGCUCCAGAUCUUCGGGAUUUGCUUGGCGCAGAACUUAGUGAGUGACAUUGAAGCCGUUCGCGCGAGCUGUGGCUUUUGACGUGGACUCGAGGCCUUCACGAGGACGCAAACGAAGGCGACAUUCACCCGCACUACUGACAGAAGCCAGCACCUUUUUCAAGGCACUACCACUGACUGUAUGAAAGACGUACACUGUAUGUAAAGUACAUAGAGUACACUGUAAAAAUGGGGGAAAACGCAUCUGCCCCGCUUUGUUUACUGUUGUAGUUGACGCUCUGUUACCCUGAAGCUGGCUUGUUUUAUAGUUUUUAACCACUGCAACGGCUUAAAAAAAAAAAAGGCAAUAAAUGGUGGCCAACCGGGAGCUAGCCGAGUAGGCUACGUGCCACUAAUUUGACCUCAAGUUAGCAGCGCAACGUUAGCAAUAUGCGAUAGCGUGGCUCCUCACCAAACACAUUUUUGAUAACUACACAAAACGUUUUGAUAAAUGUCUUUUAAUACCGGAUCAGUAUUUUCCAUAAUGUGUCAUUGCUAAAUCCAUAAAGUUCAAUAUUUGUUUACCUGAUACACUGCGUAGGACUUGAGCUUUGUUAUAAACUUCCGCCACGCAAAGAGAUACAAUUUACCCUACAAUGUUUUGCGUGACUUUUACCGAAUUCAUGAGCAGCUCCCAUUAAAAAUCACGUUACGGUAUUUACGACGCUAAAAAUAUCACACACACAAGUCGAAUAUAUAACAUUUGACUCCACUUUUUUUUCUUCAAUGAUGCGAAAGGUUUGCCGCACAAGUUGUUUUUGGAAGACGUUUAACAAAAGUUACUCGUUUAGGUCUGCGGCAAGCAGGAGCUGUCAUCUUUAUUUUUUAAAUUGUAUUUGCCACUUGUGACAUGCUAUGUUUUUGCACUUGAAUCAAAUCCGAUAAGCAUCUUUGCAUUUUUCCUAAAUGUCCUGAAAAAGAAAAAAAAACAAAAUUGUAUUUGAUGAAUUGUGUAUAAAAUACUCAUCACUGUACCAGUAUCUUGGAUUGUUUUAGAUCAGAGUAUGUCCCACUAAAGUUAUUAAUUUAUGGUGUUCUCUUACCUUACAAAUGAGACUGAUUUUAAAAUAAAUGACUAAACUGGU